AUGGCGUCCUCUGUCGCAGACAAAGUCCGCAAUAUCGGAGAAUCGGUUGCUGAAUCCGUCACAGCCAUGACUGAGAACAAGAAGGUCGCAGACCUCCAAAAGAAUGUCAAGGAUGCGCACAGCAAGCAGAACACCACGACCGACUAUGGCAUCAAGGUCUCUGACCUCGACCACUGGUUGAAGCCAGUGGACGAGCAGAACAAUACCAUCGGCCCUCAUGCGCUCGAGGACCAGAUUGCUCGUGAACGGAUUAUGCGCUUCGACCAUGAGCGUAUCCCUGAACGAGUGGUCCACGCCAGAGGUGCCGCAGCCCACGGUACCUUCAGACUGUUUGAAAGCGCGGAGGAUGUCACUACUGCUGGCGUGUUGACCGACACCUCCCGCACCACGCCAGUCUUUGUUCGAUUCUCCACCGUACAAGGAAGCCGAGGGAGUGCAGACACUGUCCGAGACGUCAGAGGUUUCGCCACCAAGUUCUACACGGAAGAGGGCAACUGGGAUAUCGUCGGAAAUGACAUUCCGGUCUUCUUCAUCCAAGAAUCCAUCAAGUUCCCGGAUUUGGUGCACGCCGUCAAGCCAGAGCCGGAUAAUGAAGUCCCUCAGGCCCAGACUGCGCACAACAACUUCUGGGACUUCGUCUACCUCCAUAAGGAAGCUACUCAUAUGUUCUUCUGGGCCAUGUCCGACCGUGGCAUUCCCCGAUCUUACCGAAUGAUGCAAGGGUUCGGUGUCAACACUUUCAGUUUGAUCAACGCGAAGGGUGAACGAACUUUCUGCAAGUUCAUCUGGACACCAGAGCUCGGUGUUCACUCAUUCGUCUGGGAUGAGGCCCUGAAGUUGGCCGGUCAGGAUCCCGACUUCCAUCGUAAGGAUCUGUACGAAGCCAUUGACAACAAGGCGUACCCCAAGUGGAAGCUCGGUCUGCAACUUAUUUCGGAAAAGGACGAGCAUAAGUUUGACUUCGAUAUUUUGGACGCAACCAAGGUGUGGCCUGAGGAGCUCGUGCCCAUCCGCUACAUUGGUGAGAUGGAGUUGAACCGCAAUGUGGACGAGUACUUCACCGAGACUGAACAAGUCGCCUUCUGCACUAGUCACAUCGUCCCGGGUAUCGACUUUACCAACGACCCAUUGCUGCAGGGCCGUAACUUCUCCUACUUCGACACCCAGCUCUCCCGUCUCGGUAUCAACUGGCAAGAGCUUCCAAUCAACCGUCCUGUGUGCCCUGUGCUGAACUUCAACCGAGAUGGUCAGGGACGUCACACAAUCACCAAAGGCAAGGUCAAUUAUUGGCCGAACCGUUACGAGGCCAACCCACCGACUGGGCAUGGAAAUGGUGGGUUCGAGUCGUUCCCCUCGCGCGACGAAGGCAUGAAACAACGCAAGCUGGCACCCAAGUGGAAGGAUUAUCUUUCGCAGGCUCAGUUGUUCUGGAACUCCAUGACUCCAAUUGAGAAAAGACAUAUCAUCAACGCCUUCUCUUUCGAGCUCGACCAUUGCGAUGAUCCUGUCGUCUACGAACGGUUGGUGUCUCGUCUGACCGAGAUUGAUCUCUCACUUGCCGCUGCAGUUGCCGAGAAAGUCGGUGCACCGACUCCUACCAAACAGGCAACGCCAAACCCUGGGCACAAGGCCAAGGGGCUCAGUCAGCUGGAAUAUCUGCCAGUUACCCCAACCAUCAAAUCCCGACGCGUGGCUAUCCUCAUCGCUGAUGGCUACGAUGCCGCCGCCUAUGACGCGAUGAAGGCAGCUGUGCUAUCUCAACUGGCUCUGCCAUUCACAAUGUCCACGAAGCGUCAGGAAGUAAAGGCUUCCAACGGCACCUCGUCCACCAAACCUGACCACUUCCUCAAUGGUCAGCGCUCGACCAUGUUCGAUGCCAUUUUCAUCCCUGGCGGUGAACAGUCCGUUAAGACCCUCAUGGGCAUUGGUCUCGCCAGAUUCUGGGUUCGCGAGGCGUUCGCGCAUCUAAAGCCUAUCGCUGCCAGCGGCGAGGGCGUGAAGCUAGUUGAUGUCGCCCUCAGGGAGGCAGAGGGCGUCAAAUUGGCUGCUGAAGGCUCCACUGAUGUUGUGGACUGGUAUGGUGUAGUCACCGCUCAGAAGCCUGACACUGGAUCUUCUGUCAAGGACAGCAUCAAGCUUGCCAAGGAAGCCACGGACUUCACAAGCAAGUUCUUCUGGCACAUCUCGCAGCACAGAAACUGGGACCGGGAACUCGAUGGUCUGGCCGACCAGGUGACUGUAUAG